AUGGCCAGAUACAAUGAUACAGUGACAUUUCAUAUAGAACUUUUGGAAAACUGUAUUAAGCGUCAAACAAGGUUUUUAUCCAGCUCCUGUCCCACUCCAGCUCCUGUCCCACUCCCACUCCUGUCCCACUCCAGCUCCUGUCCCACUCCAGCUCCUGUCCCACUCCAGCUCCUGUCCCACUCCCACUCUAGCUCCUGCCCCACUCCAGCUCCUGUCCUUCCUGUCCCACUCCAGCUCCUGUCCCACUCCAGCUCCUGUCCCACUCCAGCUCCUGUCCCACUCCAGCUCCUUUCCCACUCCAACUCUCUCCUGUCCCACUCCAGCUCCUGUCCCACUCCACUCCAGCUCCUGUCAUUCCUGUCCCACUCCAGCUCCUGUCCCACUCCACUCCAGCUCCUGUCCUUCCUGUCCCACUCCAGCUCCUGUCCCACUCCAGCUCUUGUCCCACUCCAGCUCCUGUCCCACUCCCACUCUAGCUCCUGUCCCACUCCCACUCUAGCUCCUGUCCCACUCCAGCUCCUGUCCCACUCCAGCUCCUGUCCCACUUCCACUCCAGCUCCUGUCCCACUCCCACUCCUGUCCCACUCCAGCUCCUGUCCCACUCCAACUCCUGUCCCACUACAGCUCCUGUCCCACUCCCACUCUAGCUCCUGCCCCACUCCAGCUCCUGUCCUUCCUGUCCCACUCCAGCUCCUGUCCCACUCCAGCUCCUGUCCCACUCCAGCUCCUUUCCCACUCCAACUCUCUCCUGUCCCACUCCAGCUCCUGUCCCACUCCACUCCAGCUCCUGUCCCACUCCAGCUACUGCCCCACUCCAGCUCCUGUCCCACUCCAGCUCCUGUCCCACUCCAGCUCCUGUCCCACUCCAGCUCCUGUCCCACUCCAGCUCCUUUCCCACUCCAGCUCCCUCCUGUCCCACUCCAGCUCCUGUCCCACUCCAGCUCCUGUCCCACUCCAGCUCCUGUCCCACCACUCCAGCUCCUGUCCCACUCCAGCUCCUAUCCCACUCCAGCUCCUGUCCCACUCCACUCCAGCUCCUGUUCUACCACUCCAGCUCCUGUCCCACUCCAGCUCUCACUCCUGUCCCACUCCCACUCCUUUCCCACUCCAACUCCUGUCCCACCACUCCAGCUCCUGUCCCACUUCCACUCUAGCUCCUGUCCCACUUCCACUCCAGCUCCUGUCCCACUUCCACUCCAGCUCCUGUCCCACUUCCACUCCAGCUCCUGUCCUUCCUGUCCCACUCCAGCUCCUGUCCCACUCCAACUCCUGUCCCACUACAGCUCCUGUCCCACUCCCACUCUAGCUCUUGUCCCACUCCAGCUCCUGUCCCACUCCAGCUCCUGUUCCACCACUCCAGCUCCUGUCCCACUCCAGCUCCUGUCCCACUCCAGCUCCUGUUCCACCACUCCAGCUCCUGUCCCACUCCAGCUCCUAUUCCACUCCAGCUCCUGUCCCACUCCAGCUCCUGUCCCACUCCAACUCCUGUCCCACUCCAGCUCCUGUUCCACCACUCCAGCUCCUGUCCCACUCCAGCUCCUGUCCCACUCCAACUCCUGUCCCACUCCAGCUCCUGUCCCACUCCAGCUCCUGUUCCACCACUCCAGCUCCUGUCCCACUCCAGCUCCUGUCCCACUCCAACUCCUGUCCCACUCCAGCUCCUGUCCCACUCCAACUCCUGUCCCACUCCAACUCCUGUCCCACUCCAGCUCCUGUCCCAGCUUUAGUUUAGAGCUGCCCACAACACUCUGA